UUUCUAUUCGUUCCUAGGGUUUGAAAUUUCUUGUGUUUUUUUUUUCUUUUCCAUAAAAUAUAUUUUCACUUCAAGAAAUAUAUAUAUACAUAUUUUCUACUCAUGGUGAUUAAUUAAUUUCCCUUAUUAUUAAUCAUAUCAUAGUUUAUUAUAGCUUAGUUUUCUGUUCACUACUUUUGUUAUUGUUAUUGUUAUCGUUAUGGCUGGUUUGGACUUAGGUUCCGCUUCUCAUCAUCGUUUUCUCCCUCAUCAUCUCCACGGUCCUCAAGAUGAUGAAAUCAACCGGAACAAUAAUCAAUUUUCCGAUGAUGACAACAACAACAACAACAACGAUAAUAAUAAUAAUAGCCCCGGGGUAGCACGUAGACCAAGAGGUCGUCCCGCGGGGUCCAAAAACAAGCCUAAGCCUCCCGUGAUAAUAACACGGGAGAGCGCUAACGCGCUCCGUGCGCAUAUUUUAGAAGUGAGUAGCGGACAUGACGUUUUCGAAUCCGUUGCGACUUAUGCGAGAAAAAGGCAAAGAGGAAUUUGUAUACUAAGUGGGAGCGGUACGGUGAAUAACGUCACCAUACGGCAGCCACAGGCUGCCGGUUCUGUGGUGACGUUACAUGGAAGAUUUGAGAUAUUAUCUUUAUCUGGAUCUUUCUUACCACCACCCGCUCCCCCUGGGGCCACCAGCUUAACGAUUUAUUUAGCUGGUGGUCAAGGUCAAGUUGUUGGUGGAAACGUUGUGGGUGCGCUAAUUGCAUCGGGUCCGGUUAUUGUUAUUGCUUCUUCAUUUACUAAUGUUGCUUAUGAGAGAUUGCCUUUGGAUGAAGAGAAUGAGUCAAUUCAGAUGCAGCAGCAACAAGGACAAAGUGGUAAUUUUGCUGAUCCAUCUAAUAUUGGAUUACCUUUUCUUAAUUUGCCAUUAAACAUGCCAAAUGGUGGUCAACUACAAUUGGAAAGUGGAGGUGAAGGAUGGAAUGGAAACUCAACAAACAGGCCACAAUAUUAGGUCAGGUUUUAUUAAGAAAUUUUCUACUUUUUUUUAUGAUGAAAAAAUUAAAUCUCUCAAUGGAUUAAUAUUAUCAUUUGUACAUUAUUAAGCUUGGUUUUCUAGCUACUUUGAUUCAUGUUUUGAAAUUUUUAAGU